ACCAAGUACAAGAAAGACAUUGGAAGGUUUAACCUUUGAAGCUGGUUUCACUCUCGUUUCUGAGUGUCUCACUUCAAUCUUCGAGGUAAAUUUCGAAACUUUCAAUUAAUUCGCAACCUUUGUUGAUAAUAUUGAGACCUGGGUGUUGUUACUGAACCUGUAAGCAACAUAAAAAUAUAAUCUUUUUGUUGUUGAUGGCAAUUUUGAGGUUGAAUCAUUAUCUAUUGAGAAAAGCUUUAGCUUCCCGUUUUUGCGGUAACCCUUUGUCAUGUAUUGCUUUGAAUUUGAGUCAUUAUUCUGUUUUGGGUUCUGAUUCAACCGCUAGUUUUGAAGCUCAAUGUAAGGGUAAAUUUAAUACUGAGAAUUUCAAUGAUGGUUUUGGGAAAAUGGGUCAUGGGUUUUCUGAUGAAUCACGUUUUGUUGCAAGUGUUGAUGAUGAUUUAGAUGAAGAAGAUGAAGUUGAAGAAAAUGGUAGUAGUGAUAUUGAUGAGAGUUUUGAGUUUAUUAGUUCUUUUGAUGGGAAUGGUAGUAACAAACAGAGAGAAAAUAUUGCAAGAUUUGAGAUUGAUGAGAGUGAAUUUAGACACCCAAUUGUUAGGGAGGUUUGUAGGUUGAUUUCACUUAGGUCAAAUUGGAAUCCUAAAUUUGAAGAAAAUUUGAGGCAUUUAUUAAGGAGUCUUAAUCCUCGACUUGUUUGUGCUGUUUUGCGGUCUCAGGAUGAUGAAAGGAUUGCUUUGGAUUUUUUUUACUGGGCUGAUAGGCAAUGGCGGUAUAGGCAUGAUGCUAUUGUGUACUAUACGAUGUUGGAUAUACUUAGCAAGACCAGGUUGUGUCAAGGAGCAAGGCGGAUUCUUCGGCUUAUGACUCGCCGAGGAAUUGAACGUUCGCCUGAGGCUUUUAGUUAUGUGAUGGUGUCUUAUAGCCGUGCGGGGAUGUUGAGGAAUGCAUUGCGAAUUCUGACCUUGAUGCAGAAAGCUGGAGUCGAGCCUGAUUUGUCUAUAUGUAACACUGCUAUCUAUGUUUUAGUGAAGGGAAAUAAAUUGGAAAAGGCGUUGAGAUUCUUGGAACGAAUGAAGGUUGCUGGAAUUGAACCUGAUAUUGUCAGUUAUAACUGUUUGAUCAAAGGUUACUGCGACGUACAUAGGAUUGAUGAUGCAUUGGAGCUUAUUGCAGAAAUGCCAUUUAAGGGAUGCCCUCCAGAUAAAGUAAGUUAUUAUACUGUGAUGGCUUUCCUUUGUAAGGAUAGAAAAGUUGAAGAAGUAAAGCGUUUAAUGGAGAAUAUGGUUCAAAACAGUAACUUAAUACCGGAUCAGGUUACAUAUAAUACACUAAUUUACGCACUUUCAAAGCACGGACACGCAGAUGAUGCUCUUGUUUUCCUAAGGGAAGCAGAAGAGAAGGGUUUCCACAUUGAUAAGGUUGGGUAUAGUGCAGUAGUUGACUCGUUCUGUAAAAAUAAAAACAUAGAUAAGGCGAAGAGUUUAGUGAUCGAUAUGUACUCAAAAGGUUGUAAUCCUGAUGUAGUAACAUAUACUGCUAUUAUCGAUGGGUUUUGUCGUGUGGGGAAGAUAGAUGAAGCGAAAAAGAUGCUGCAGCAGAUGUACAAACACGGGUGCAAGCCAAAUACUGUUACAUAUACAGUCUUGUUGAAUGGGCUCUGUCACAAUGGAAAAUCAUUAGAGGCUAGGGAGAUGAUAAAUGUAAGUGAGGAGCAUUGGUGGACCCCAAAUGCCAUCACUUAUAGUGCUGUAAUGCACGGGCUUCGUAGGGAGGGAAAAUUGUCCGAGGCCUGUGAUUUGACUAGGGAAAUGAUUGAAAAAGGUUUUCUCCCAAAUCCGGUUGACAUUAACCUGCUAAUACAGUCGCUUUGUCGAAAUCAAAAUGUAGUAGGGGCUAAAAAAUACUUAGAAGAAUGUCUGCAUAAGGGCUGUGCCGUUAAUGUUGUAAACUUUACUAGUGUAAUUUAUGGUUUCUGUCAGAUCGGUGACUUGGACGCAGCUCUAUCAAUGCUAGAGGACAUGUAUUUAAGCAAUAAACAUCCUGAUGCAAUCACAUAUACAACAUUGUUUGAUGCAUUGGGGAAGAAAAGUAGGUUGGAUGAGGCUUCUGAGUUAAUUGUAAAGAUGCUUGGCAAGGGAAUCGAUCCUACUCCGGUAACUUACAGGGCUGUUAUUCACCGUUUUUGUCAAUGGGGAAGAGUGGACGAUAUGAUGAAAUUAUUAGAAAAGAUGAUUGCUAGGCAGCCAUUUAAAACUGUAUACAAUCAAGUCAUUGAGAAGCUUUGUUAUUUUGGGAACCGUGAGGAGGCCGAGAAACUACUAGGGAAGGUUUUGAGAACAGCAUCAAAACUUGAUGCUAAAACAUGUCAUAUUCUGAUAGAGAGCUAUUUGAUUGAUGGGAAUGCUCUAUCAGCAUAUAAAGUGGCUUGUCAAAUGUUUAGACGAAAUUUGAUUCCUGAUUUAAAAUUGUGUGAGAAAGUGACCAAGAAACUGGUGUUAGAUGGUAUGCCGGCGGAGGCUGAUGACCUUAUGCUAAGAUUUGUUGAGCGUGGAAUACAAACAGAAUGAGAUGGAAGUUAGAUGUUAUUCUAAGCUUAAAUGUUAUAGCAAUGGCUCUUUUUUCAAUUCUAUUCAUCAUUUUCCUUGGUUGGUAUUCCAUCCUGUUGUGGUGUUGAGGCCUUUUUAUUUUUAUUUUUCCUUUCCUUUUUUGGAGAACAAUUAUUUUUGUUGUGAUUAUAAAUUUCAUUCACAUUAAUCAUAUGAAUUCAGAGUGGGAAUUAUUUGUACUAUGCAAAGCUAAUAAUUGUUUCCCAUCCUAACAAAUUGAUCUCUCCAAAAGGGUGUAUUUAAUAGAGAAAGAAUUCUACUUGUAUCCA